GCUGGUCCUGGUCCUGCUGCCGCUGCCGCCGCCGCCGCCGCCGCUGCCCGUCCUGCUGGGCCACUGAGCGCGGGCUGCAGGUCGAGACCAGGAGGCGGGGCAGGGCGGGGCGGCCGCGGAAGGAGUGACCGAGCAGCCGGCCGACCAAGCAAGCGGCCGCGGGCGGAGGAGGAGGCGGCGCCGGAGGCUGCAACGCGGCCAAGCGCCUCGGGGAGGCGAGAGUGCAAGAACCGGCGGGCAGGCAGCGGGCUCCCCCUGCCGCCCGGGCAGGCAAAAUUCAACAUGCUUCAAAUUCCUGUGCAAAAUCUUGACAAUAUAAGGAAGGCUCGGAAGAAAGUAAAGGGUAUUCUAAAGGAUAUUGGGCUUGACAGCUGCCAGGAGUUACUUCAGACUCUGAAAAGUUUUGACCCAGGAGAAAAAUAUUUCUGCAACACUUCGUGGAGUGAUGUGUCUCUUUGGGAUUCUGUGACCAGAAGAAGGAGAUACAGAACAAAUCCGUACUGCUGUAGCCUCUGCAAGUUCUCAUCAAAAUUUCUUUCUUCUUUCAAAAACCACUUGAACCGUUACCAUGAAGAUGAAGUUGACCAAGAAUUAGUUGUUCCUUGCCCAGAAUGUGCAUUUGCUUCUCAUUCCAAAGUAGUGGGAAAACACCUUCGUAUAUUUCACUCUAAGAAAAAAAUUCAAAACUAUAAUGUGAGUGGUGGCAUGAGACAAUUCCGGAGUGAUGCAGUAAACUUCAUAUGCCAGAAAUGUCAGUUUACAGACACAUUAUACUAUAAUACGAAGAAACAUGUGUUGGUAACCCACUUCCAAAGCCUAAUAAGCACAUACUUUGAGGAGAGGCCUGAUGAAAGUGAAGAGAAUUUUACUGAUCACUACUGUAAAAAGUGCAAUGCUUUUGCAAACAGUCGGGAUUCUUUAAUAUACCAUGUCCUGACAUCUGAAGUACACAAAGACCUGGAGAAUAUAUUGAGACCUGUAAUUUCAGUGCAGCCUAAAAAAGGACAAGCAAAGUCACUGCAUACCGUCAGUAUUGCGCCCAAGCCUUCCACGGCUGGAGCCACAUCAUCGCUGAUACCUACCACUGCUUCAGUGGGUUCACCUCCUACGUGUAUCCAACUUUCGCUUCCAUCAGUGAAUCAGAAUGUGAUGCCAACAAAAGCAGUCCCAAACACAGUUGGACCAAGUGCCUCCAGUAGCUUGACACAUCCACCAUCGUCAGCUUCAGUUGCCCAGUCAUGUAAUACACUACUGCCUAGCCAAGCAGGUCCAAAUAAUGUGACUCUUCGGCCUGCAGUUCCUCAUCCAGUCUUUGUUUCUCAUCGACUUCCUGUGAAGCAGCCAGUGAGACCUGACAUUCUCUGCCUAAACCAGCCUCCUGGGAGCAUAAGUCGAACUGUUCCUCCAGGAGUCCUUUCAUUCACUCGGCCUGUCCGGCCUACCCUGCUUCCUGUUAAUCAAUCUGUUAGGGCCGUUGGCAGUCCAGUUUUGCCGGGUGCUCUCCCUGUAACUCAGCCUGCUGGUUCUCUGAACAGACCCAUUGGGGCUAGCUCUGGUCCAGUAAACAGGCCUUCUUCACCUGGCGUCCUUGCUGUAAACCGACCUGUUGGUAGCUUGAACCAGCCCAGUGGUCCUGGGGUUCUUCCAGUCACCCAGACGAUCCCACCAGGGGUUCUUCAGUUUAAUCAUCCUGUUGCACCUGGAGUUCUUCCUGUAAACCAGUCAGUUGGACCUGGGAUUCUCCAGUUCAAUCAGCCUGUUGCACCAGGAGUACUUCCUGUAAACCCGUCUGUCAGACCUGGAGUUUCUCAGAAUGCUACUUUACUGACUGCGGGACCUAUCCUUCGACAGUUAAUUCCAACUGGCAGACAAGUUAAUGGGAUACCUACGUACACCCUUGCCCCAGUUUCAGUAGCUAUGCCUGUGCCAGCGGGUGGUGGGAUGACGACAGCUGCACCUCCUCAGAUGCCUGUUCAGCUGAUGCAGUCUAAUACAGUUACUCAGCAGUCUGAGGCUCCAGCUACUGUGCCUUCCUCUGCAGUAGUAACUUCUUCCACAAAUACCCUUGCGAAGACUUCUGUCUCUGCCUCUGCAAUGAGCCUAGCCCUUAAACAGGCCAAGCAGUGGAAGACUUGCCCUGUUUGCAGUGAGCUUUUCCCAUCAAACGUCUAUCAGGUGCACAUGCAAGUGGCUCACAAAUGCACUUCAGGGAAGACGGGCAAGCUUGAUACAGACAAAGUUGCAGCCUGUGCACCUUUUCUGAGAUGGCUAAAAGAUAAGACGGUCAGGUGUUUUUCUUGUAAAUGUUUUCUCUCUCAGGCAGAGCUUAUAAAACAUAUUUUCAUACAUGGAUUAGCUUGCCUGUUUUGCACCAGUACUUUCCACGACCUAAAAUGCCUUGUGGAUCAUACUAGAACUGUACAUAAGGGGAAGAAGAAACUACAUGCAGAUUAUGAUGACAAAGGUUUUCAACUUGAGAGUGAUUCGGAAGGUGACCUGGUGUUUCCUCACUUUGACUUCAGCAUAACUGUAAAAGAAGAACUAUGUGAAAAAGAAGUACACCUAGCAGUACUCGCUGGGGUAAAUUCAAGGACACUUAUUCCUCUGUACAUGAAACUGCAACAUGAGACUGCUGAUAUGAAUAAUGGCAAUAAGAAAGUAUCAACUUGCCCUUUUUGUUAUGGUGUUUUCACUAGCCUAGAAGCCUACGAGUUCCAUUUGAAGGACAGGCACCAUAUCAUGCCAACUGUGCACACCAUUUUAAAGACCCCAGCUUUCAAAUGUAUCCACUGCUGCGGCGUAUAUACUGGCAACAUGACUCUGACUGCUAUUGCUGUGCAUCUGCUUCGCUGCCGGAGUGCUCCCAAAGACAGCACCCCAGCUGUGAAGAUGGAGCUUGAACUCGAUGAGAAGAAAGAUCUGGCACUUGUGAAUGGUGAAAAUCAUGAUGAUCCUUCUCUCUCAACAAAGAGGAAACCAUCAGAUCACCUUUAUUCUGUUGCAGAGGACCAAAUGAAUGAUGACCAGCCGUUCCUGAUUAUAGACAGUGGCACAGCCCAAGUUCCAGCUAAGGAAAUGAAUUUUGUGCCUUCCAAGAGACAAAAGACUGAUCAUAAGUCUGAAACUAAGGGCCAGCCCUCCGUUGAGAAUCUUCACAUUUUAGCAUUAAAUCCAAAGCCAUUCCAACAGUGCUCAAAUGAAGUUCAAAAACUGUUUCUUACAGAUUAUUUUCACAAGAAGCCGUAUCCCACUAAAAAGGAGUUAGAGUUACUGUCAUCUAGUCUGUGUGCUUGGAAAGUUGACAUUGCAUCAUUCUUUGGGAGAAAGAGACACACCUGCCUAAGGGCAAUAAAAAAUCUUAAGCCAUCUGUGCUUUUGGGAUUCAAUAUGUCUGAACUUAAAAAUGUGAAGCACAGUUUGAGCUUAAAAAGUGAAUCGGAAGAUGUGUAAAAAAAAUUUUGUAAAAAAAAAAAAAACUCAUAUAAGGCAAUCAAGAUUGCAUAUUCAGGCAUCUGUCAUGGAUGCUUUAGUUCAGAUUCCUGCAUUGCAGGGGGUUGGACUUGAGGACCCUCAGCGUCCUUCCAACUCGAUUCUUUGAAUUGUCUCACUGAUUUAGUUUCUUGUGAUUAUUAAAAGAUUAGUACGCAGUGCCUCUUU